AGUCACAGAGUAAACAUUAAACAAGAAGAAGCUCUCGAUUAAAAGACGAUGGCGGCUAUGGCUUCUCACGUUUCGACGGCUCGAUCACCUGCUCUUUCCUUCUCCUCCUCUUCAUCCUCCUUCGUCCCCGGUACUGCUCUCCGGAGAUUCUCCGCCGUUUCAUUCGCUUCUCCGGCUCUCCUUCGCCUUCGUGUUUCCUGUCAAGCCUCCUCCGUCACUUCGCCUUCUUCUACUUCCGAUGUCAAAGGAAAGUCUGACCUGAAAGACUUUUUGGCAAUUGAUGAUUUUGACACAGCGACCAUAAAGUUGAUUUUAGACAAGGCUUCAGAGGUUAAGGCCCUUUUGAAAUCAGGGGAGAGAAAUUAUCUACCUUUUAAAGGGAAGUCUAUGUCUAUGAUCUUUGGACAUUCUUGAUUUGGCUAACUACUCGAGUGUACCAGUUGUCAAUGGUCUGACAGAUCAUAACCAUCCUUGUCAAAUCAUGGCAGAUGCCCUCACAAUGAUUGAGCACAUUGGUCAAGUCGAAGGAACAAAGGUUGUGUAUGUUGGAGAUGGGAACAAUAUGGUACACUCAUGGUUGGAAUUGGCAUCCGUUAUUCCUUUUCAUUUUGUCUGCGCUUGCCCAAAAGGGUUUGAACCAGACAAAGAAAGGGUUUUGAAGGCACAACAAGCUGGAUUAAGUAAGAUAGAGAUCACCAAUGAUCCUAAAGAAGCUGUCAUAGGAGCUGAUGUUGUGUACUCAGACGUAUGGGCCAGUAUGGGGCAAAAGGAUGAAGCCGAAUCUCGCCGUAAAGCAUUCCAAGGAUUCCAGGUGGAUGAAGCUCUUAUGAAGUUAGCUGGACCAAAAGCCUAUUUCAUGCAUUGUUUACCUGCAGAAAGAGGAGUUGAGGUGACCAAUGGAGUCGUGGAGGCUCCUUAUUCCAUUGUCUUUCCACAGGCAGAGAAUCGCAUGCAUGCCCAAAAUGCUAUAAUGCUUCAUUUGCUCGGCUAUUAAACCCCCUUUGUUAUCUUAGUUCUCUCAUGCGGCUUGUUGGUGUACCAUUGACUUAAUAAUGUACUACGUAUUAACCUUAGUUUGAGAAACCUUGAUGAAUAAUAUUGUGGCUUCUUUAGCUGGGAAUAUGAAUGAGCUCAUUGAAUAAUA